CAUUGACAACAAAACUGAAAUAAGGAUUGUAAUUCUUACAGAUUAUUGCUGAAAACAUGUCUGACGCGUACGCGUACGUUGCCAAAGGCAAGCUUAAGCUAAAGUGCGACUCAGAACUCAAAAAAAAGAAAAAGCAUAAACACAAGGACAAGAAGACCGACCUUGAAGAGCUGCAAAAAAGCUAUGCCGAACAACAAAUUGCUGAGGCUAGCUCUGCAACAUCUUCCGUCGCCUACGAGCGGAAGCUGACCAAGGCUGAGGUGGCGAGCAAGAAACAGCAGGAGAAGAUGCGUAACAAACGCAUUAUGGAAAAGGCGCAGACUACACACAAGCAACGUGUGGAAAAGUUCAAUGAGCACCUGGACACUCUUACCGAGCACUUUGACAUACCAAAGGUGUCAUGGACGAAGUGAAUAAAUGCCAGACCGUCUAAUAGUAACUUAAGCAUUAGUUAUAUUUUAUAUGUUUAUGUUAGCAUUUUUAAGUGUAAUUUCGACUACGUGUAAUUCGGGAUGGGUUUAAGAGGCCAAAAUAAACAACCAAUUGAAAUGGCACUACUAAUCUAAA